AUGAGUCGUCUUGUCGGGAUCUUCGACCGAGCGUUGGAUAAGAUCAAGGGAAAUCCCACGGUCACAGCUCCUACCUCAUCCGAUGGCUCCGCUACCAUACCCAUACCUUUGCUGGCCGAAGCCUUGCGCACAUUGCAUCAGAGCGCUGGGGUGUUUCCACCUCUUCAGGUCGCCAUAGGAAGCCUGUUGACCUGCGUCGAGCGCAUAGAGCUCGGACCGAAGCAUCGUACGGAGUUCGAUCGUCUUGCAACAAGGCUGGCUUCACUCAGCGACUCGCUGGCUUGGCACAUAGCGGCAUCUAAAUCGACGCGUGUUACUGAAUUUCUUGAGAAAAAGGCAGCGUUGGUCAAAGAUCAAGUGGAGAUCAUCAGCAGCAAGCAGAAGCGUGGACUAGCAAGACGCUACAGGCAGGCUCAGCGAGAUCAGGAUGACAUACUGAAUGGGUACAGACGGAUAGCCAAGAUUCUUGAUGAGCUACAGACCGAGACAAGCCUGAAGAUGUGGAGCAUAGCCGAAGAGCAGCUCGAGGACUCCCGCCUCGAAUCAUUAUCCCCCGUACACAUAGCUACUUACAACUCAUCUCUGUCCGAAGACGUCAAUCGUCGGGCAUGCACUGAGGGCACUCGGGUAAACAUCCUGGCCGAGCUUAACCAAUGGUCAGUCAAUCCGACCCAGCCAAACGUGUUCUGGAUGAACGGAAUGGCAGGUACUGGCAAAACCACGAUCGCAUAUACCUUUGCUCAGUCGCUUUGGGAACGUGGGGCGCUUGGUGCGAGCUUCUUCUGCACACGUACAUCAGACGAAUGCAGAGACGUCCGGCGAAUCGUGCCCACUGUUGCGUAUCAGCUGGCAAACUACUCGCCUUCGUUCCGAUCGGCUCUGCUCGAUGCUCUUGAGGAAAAGUCCGAUAUCAAAUCGCAAUCGAUUACCACUCAGUGCGAGCGACUGAUCAAGAAGCCGUUAUCAAAAGCAAAGGAUAUAAUCACGAUAGCCCCCAUAGUCGUGAUUGAUGCACUUGAUGAAUGUAGUAAUGUAAAGUGUGUAGGCACGAUCCUUGAAGUCUUGUUUAGGAUCUCUCCCGAUCUUCCGGUUAAGUUCUUCGUGGCUAGCCGACCAGAGCCAGACAUUCGCCAUAGAGUGGAAGCUCAGCCUAGCAGGAAUCGCUCCGUGUGCGUCCUACAUGACAUAGAAAAGUUGCUGGUGCAAGCUGAUAUCACACUGUACCUUCGUGGUGAAUUGGCUAGCGCUAAUAUCUUGGAGUCUCAUCUGACUCAACUUGCAAGCCGAUCCGGUAACCUGUUCAUAUAUGCGGCCACAGCAGUUCGGUAUAUCAGAAAGACGGGGACCAUGGUCGACCAGGAUCGACUUGAAGCCAUCUUGUGCUCAUCUUCAGCAACGGGCAAUCGAUACGCUGACAUUGACCGACUGUAUACCACGAUUCUAGAUGCGGCGGUCUAUGGACCAGAUCAAGAGCUGGAAGAACAAGAACAGAUGCGACUGAUACUCUGGACGGCCGUCUGUACGCGCAAGCCCGUCGCCAUUGAUACACUCGCAGCCCUCGCUGGGGUCAAACCAGCAAAGGCGAACGUACUGCUCCAGUCGCUAUACUCUGUGCUGCACGUAUCGCAGGUCACCAACACGGUCUCAACGUUGCAUGCAUCCUUCCCCGACUACAUCUUUGACGAGGCACGGUCCAAAAGGUUCUACUGCGACGAAACAACGCAUAGCCAGCUGCUGUCCAAGCACUGCUUUGACAUCAUGCACGACCAGCUGCGGUUCAACAUCUGCGGUCUAGAGACAUUGUUCAUAGCCGAUAGCAAAGUGAAGGACCUGAAGGCUUGA